UUGAAAUAAAGAAAAAUACCCAAAGCUAAAAUUUAGAAACUUAAAGCAAAAACGGUAGAACCGUUACAAUCACUGUGUAUUGUAGUUUCUUUGGUCUUUUUUGUAAGUAAUAAUUGCUAUAAUAAACAGUUAAUCUGUUUAACCUCUGUGCUGUAACCAUGCUACUUGGUUAGGUUAUUCUUACAGCUCGCUUGGUGUAGUAAUGUUUAAGAAUAUUUAUAAACUUAGUAAAUUGUGUAAAAAAUCCAGUUUUCGUUAUUUUAGUGCUAACAUAAACUUGUUAAAAUAUCAAAACAUGAAGAUUGGUACCCAUGAUGGAGUCUUCCACUGCGAUGAGGUCCUUGCAUGCUUUAUGCUCAAGCAGCUACCAGAAUAUAAAGAUGCUGAAAUCGUCAGAAGUAGGGACCCAGAGAAGCUCAGUACCUGUGACAUAGUGGUGGAUGUAGGAGCCGAGUUUGAUCAUCAGAAGAAACGUUACGAUCACCACCAGAGGGAGUUUAAAGAGACGUUAAGCACUUUACGACCGGAGCUGGGAGACAAAUAUAAAAUUAAAUUAAGUUCAGCGGGAUUGGUUUACACGUUCUAUGGUGAAGAUGUACUUAAACAGCUUGCACCCAAAGGGCAUCUAUUGACUUCAGAAGAUCUACGUUUAAUAUACAAGAAAGUGUACGAGAACAUAGUCGAAGAGAUGGACGCUAUAGAUAAUGGUGUCCCGCUGACAGACGAUAAGCCGCGGUACAAAAUAAGAACCCAUCUUAGUGCUAGGGUGCACAGAUUAAAUCCAGAGUGGAAUUCCCAAUCGAAUUCUAAUGUCGAUGAAAUUUUCGUUAAAGCAAUGGCUCUGGUUAGUGAAGAGUUUCUGUACACCGUUAACUAUUUCAUAUCAGUGUGGCUUCCAGCGAGGGAUUAUGUCAAGUCAGCGUUGGAAGAAAGAUCCGAAGAUCAUGAAUCGGGUGAAAUUGUGGUAUUCAAAGAAAGGUUCCCGUGGAAAGAGCAUCUGUUUGACCUGGAACAGGAAUUAGGGUUGGUUGGUGAAAUAAAAUUUGCAAUAUUCAACGAUAAAAUUGAUUCCUGGAGAGUCCAAGCGGUGCCUGUGGAACCAAACAGCUUUGUUACCAGGAAACCCCUGAACAAGAGCUGGUGGGGAGUCCGCGAUGACCAGCUAAGCAAGGCGGCUGGUAUAAAGGGCUGCAUCUUCUGCCACAGCACCGGCUUCAUCGGUGGCAACACCACGAAAACAGGCGCCUUGGCAAUGGCCAUAAACAGCUUGAACGCUGUAUAAGAUGCUUUGAACAAUAUAUCCUAAAUUUAUUAAUAAAAU